AUGGAAAGAGGUCAUACAAUUAAUUAUAUAUCACAAGUAGCAGAAAAACGUGAUCCUAAAGAUUAUUUAGCUAUCGCCGAUUGGUUGGAAUAUUUACCAGAAAGAGUAUUCCAGGUGAUUGAAGAAGAUUUAAAUUUUUGGUUUGAAAGGACCGAAGAAAGAGAGCAAAUUCUAAGAGAUGAAGAAAUAUGUAAAUCCGUACAAUGA